AUGGCCAAAGACAAGAAAAAGGGCGACAAGGCCGCCGCCAAAGCAGCGAAAGCAGCAAAGCAAGAGAAGAAGGCCGGCAAGAAGGACAAGAAACUCGCCACCAAAAACAAGGACGCAGACUCAGAUACCGAAUCCGUUGAUCUCGAUGCGGUCCUUGCGCAGUACGCGAAGGAGCAGGAGGCCUACCACGAGAUCACGGAGGCUGCAUGCGAGCCACCAAAAGCUCGGUCGUCGAGUACGCUGAUCGCCAACCCGGCGAACGAGAAUGAGAUCUUCCUGUAUGGCGGCGAGUACUUCAACGGCGCGACUGCGCACUUCUUCAACGAUCUGUUCGUAUACAACAUCAAGCGUGACACGUGGAACAAAGUCACAAGCCCCAACUCCCCCUUGCCACGAUCCGGACACGCAUGGUGCCGGGCAGCCAAUACGCAGGAAAUCUACCUCUUUGGCGGCGAAUUCAGCUCCCCGAAGCAAGGCACGUUCUACCACUAUAACGACUUCUGGAAGCUGGAGCCCAAGAGCCGCGAGUGGACGCGCGUGGAAACCAAGGGCAAGGCAUCCAGCCCGCCGGCGCGAAGCGGUCACCGCAUGGUCGGCUACAAGCAAUACAUUAUCCUGUUCGGCGGCUUCCAGGACACGAGCGCGACGACAAAGUACCUGAACGAUCUGUGGAUAUACGACUGCGUCAACUUCACAUGGCACACGCCGAAGCUACAGGCAGCGCGCGCAGUUCCCGACGCGCGAUCGUCCUUCACCCUCCUCCCGCAUGACCAAGGCGCGGUGAUGUACGGCGGCUACUCGCGCGUCAAGCAAGCCGCAGGCGGCAACAAGGGGCAGCAGCAGCAGCAAGGCAAAGGCAAGAAAGGCGGCGCAGGCGGCCCCGCAUCGCGCAUGGUGCUCAAGCCCAAAGUCCACGUCGACACAUGGUUCCUGCGCGUCACGCCGCCAGGCGCGGACCAGCCGUCGACCACCCCGCCAACAGUGUCGUGGGAGAAGCGCAAGCAGCCCGCCAACGCGCCGAACCCAUCUCGCGCGGGCGCCACAAUGGCGUACCACAAGGGCCGCGGGGUUCUGUUCGGCGGCGUCCACGACGUCGAAGAGAGCGAGGAGGGUAUCGACUCGGAGUUUUUUAACCAGAUGUUCGUCUGGAACAUCGAGCGCAACAGAUACAUGCCGCUCAGCCUGCGGCGGCCGAAAGCCAACGCUAACAAGCACGCGGGGAAGCAGGCCGUGAGCAGGCGCGGCCGCGGCAGAGCCGACGAGGAGGAACUGCUCGCCAACCUCAAGGCGCUGGAGAGGAAGCUCGACGGCGCGACGGCGGGCGGGUCGGACGACGAGGCAGACAAGCCGGAUGAGGAAGAGGAGGAGGAGGAGGACACGCGUCCCGAGAAACCGCGCGUGUUUGAGUUUCCGCACCCGCGCUUCAACGCCGCGCUGGCCGUGCAGGGCGACAGCUUGUACAUUUACGGCGGCACGUUCGAAAAGGGCGACCGCGAAUUCACAUUCGACGAGCUGUGGAGCGUCAACCUGAACCACCUCGACGGCGUGCAGGAGAUAUUCCGACGCGAGCUGGACGACUGGCUGGGCAGCGAGGACGAGGCGGACUCGGAAGACGAAGACUCGGACUCGGAAGACGACGACGAGGACGAAGAGCAUGGCGAGGCGCCCUCAAGCGCACCCACAAGCGCACCCGCAAGCGCCACCGACGCGGCCCCCACCGCAGACGAAGACCUAGGCACCAACGAGGAAAUCUCCGCGCUCAGCGACGGACUCCCGCACCCCCUUCCCUUUGAGACGCUGCGGGCGUUCCACGCGCGGACGAGCGAGACGUGGAUUAGGCUGAAGAUUGAGGACCUCGACCGCAAGCGCAAGACGGACGAGUACGGGGUCAAGGAGAUCAAGAUGCUGGCCUUCCGGGACGCGGAGGAGAAGUUCUGGGACUGCAGGGAGGAGAUUCGGGUGCUUGAGGAUGAGCAGGAGGCUGCGGGGAUUGGCGAGGUGGUUAGUCUGGCGGAGAAGAAGAGUGCUGAGGCGGGGGCGGGGAGGAGGAGGUGA